AUGAGUUUCGUUCGAGAAUUAGGUGCAGCUGAACGAAUCUAUUGUCGAGAACAAGAAGAUUAUGGAAAUCAAACAUUAGUUCAAGUAAUAAUUACGAAAAAUACAAAUAUAAUAAAUGAAUCACAAGCUCGAUCAUCUUUAAUAAAAUUAUAUCAUGAUUAUUAUCCAGUUCUUGGCUAUGAAAUUUGUCCAUCGGAUGAUGAAACAACACUCGUAUAUAAAUCAAAAAAUGAACAACAUGCUGAACAAGAUCUUAUGUUAAAUUUCAAAUAUGAACAGGAUAUCAAUUGGGAUGAAGCAUUUGAAAAUGAACUUAAUACUCCAUUUGAUAAUAAAAAUUUAACACGAUGGAUCAUUAUCAAUGGAAAUAUUCUUAUAAUUUCAUUUUAUCAUUUACUUGUUGAUGCAAAAAAUUUAUUUAGUAUUGGUCGUCAAUAUCUUUCAUUAUGUUCGCCAUCAUUUGUCGAUGGUGAUAUUCUAAAUAAAAUUUUUCUUGAACCUAUGGAAAAAUAUUUAUUUAAUCGAUAUUCUUUUGAAACAAUAUCUGAUCUUGAUAUGAAAGCAAGACCUAUUCGACCAAAUCCACUGAUAUCUCGAACACAUGUUCGUCAUUUUUAUCUUUCAAAUCAAAUACUUUCACAUUUAACAAAUCAAUGUCAUAUACAUCAAAUACGUUUAAAUAGUAUUCUAACUAUGAUUACAACGACGGCUUAUUAUCUCGCAUGUAAUUAUGAUGAAGAAAAAACUUUAAAAGUUCAUAUGAUGGUUAAUAUACGACCACAACUUAAACUUGAUUUUCAACAAACUGGUAUGUUUGCUACUGUAUUUGAUUGUUUGAUUAAACUUGAUAAACAAUCUAUAAAAUCUUUAUGGUUAAAUGCUAUUCAACAACAUAAUGAUCUUCAUCAUCGAAUAAAUGAAAAAGAAUAUAUAAUUAAUUGUAAAAAUGAUACAGAUUUAUUAAAAAUGAUUAAUAAUAAUGAAGAUUUUUCAUUUAAUGAUGUUGAUUUUGCCUUUAGUAAUCUUGGUUUAUUAUCGAAUACAUCUGAUAAUCAAAUUCAAGAACAUUAUUAUGGUGUAUCACUUAUUGAACAACGUUGGACAAGUUUAAUACUUAUUGGUAUAAGUACAAUAAAUAAUCAUCUUUGUUUUACUAUUACAUACAAUAAAAAUAAAAUUGAAAAAGAUUUUAUCGAAAAAUGGAUUGAAAAAAUUUAUUAUUUACUUGAACAACUAUAA